CUCGGCAGAAUAACUAGGCUCUUUCCUGCGAUAGGCGGAUAAGGGAGCAGGGGAUGGCUGUCCUGUGUUUCAUAGGGGGCGACAGCUUCCGAGUUGACGUGCGGUACGUGCUCAUAGAUAUUGCUCGCAUGGAAUACUACGGUGGAUGUUGAUAGACCCUCUGCAAAGAGAUAUGUAAAGACAGAAGUCAACCGCAACGCCAGUACGUUUACUGCAGUUUCUACAUGUCAUCAUUUGGAUCAAGUUCCCCAGAAUGACCCAUUCACGACCCAACGAGUUUAUUCCACCACCGGAGUGCCCUGUCUUUGAGCCCAGUUGGGAGGAAUUUGCCGACCCUUUUGGGUUCAUCAACAAAAUACGUCCAAUUGCAGAAAACACUGGCAUCUGCAAGAUCCGACCGCCCCCGGGAUGGCAGCCACCAUUUGCCUGUGAUGUGGACAGACUGCAUUUCACACCACGCAUUCAGAGGCUCAAUGAGUUAGAGGCCCAGACCAGAGUGAAGCUCAACUUCCUAGACCAGAUAGCAAAGUUCUGGGAACUGCAGGGAUGUACACUGAAAAUUCCUCAUGUCGAGCGCAAAACCCUGGACUUAUAUGUUCUUUACAAGCUGGUCAAAGAAGACGGAGGCUUUGAUGUGGUCUGUAAAGAGCGACGAUGGACCCAGAUCGCACUGAAGAUGGGCUUUGCUCCCGGCAAAGCAGUUGGCUCUCACCUCCGCUCUCACUAUGAGAGGAUUCUCUACCCAUACUAUUUGUUCCAGACAGGAGCUAAUCUUAUGAACUCUCAGAAGCCAACUUUGACUAAUGACACCAAAGACAAGGAGUACAAACCCCACGACCUGCCCCAGCGUCAGUCGGUGCAACCAGCAGAAACCUGCACUAUCGCCCGCAGAGCUAAACGGACAGAGGGUCGCUGUUUUAAAUCCGAACCGGGCGAGGUGUGUGAAAACAAACCCAACCUGAGGAGGAGAAUGGGCUCUUAUGUGGCAAAACCAGAACCAGUGAAAGAAAUUCCAGUGCAGGUGAAAGAAGAACCCAUUGAGCAACCAGUUGAAGGUGAAAAAUCAAAGGUGAGAGCGGAGGUGGAGCAGUACAUGUGCUUGGUAUGUGGGGGUGGAGGUGAUGAAGAUAGACUAUUACUUUGUGAUGGGUGUGACGACAGCUAUCACACCUUCUGUCUGAUCCCACCCCUCCACGAUGUCCCCAAAGGCGACUGGAGGUGCCCCAAGUGCCUGGCUCAGGAGUGUGGUAAGCCACAGGUGGCAUUUGGCUUUGAGCAGGCCUCCAGAGACUACACCCUCCGCACCUUUGGUGAUAUGGCUGACUCUUUCAAGUCUGACUACUUUAACAUGCCUGUUCACAUGGUUCCCACAGAGCUGGUGGAGAAGGAGUUCUGGCGGCUGGUUAGCACCAUAGAGGAGGACGUCACUGUUGAGUAUGGGGCUGAUAUUGCUUCAAAGGAUUUCGGAAGUGGCUUCCCUGUUAAGAACGGCACAUUUAAGGUCUCACCAGAGGAGGAGGAUUAUCUAAGCAGUGGCUGGAACCUCAACAACAUGCCAGUGUUAGAUGCAUCUGUGCUGACUCAUGUCACAGCGGACAUCUGUGGGAUGAAGCUCCCAUGGCUUUAUGUGGGCAUGUGCUUCUCAUCCUUCUGCUGGCACAUUGAGGACCACUGGAGCUAUUCCAUCAACUAUCUGCACUGGGGAGAGCCAAAGACGUGGUAUGGCGCUCCUGGCUAUGCCGCCGAGCAGUUGGAGAAUGUGAUGAAGAACCUGGCCCCUGAGCUCUUUGAGUCUCAGCCAGACCUGCUCCACCAGCUGGUCACCAUCAUGAACCCAAAUGUGCUCAUGGAGCAUGGAGUACCAAUUUACCGUACAAACCAGUGUGCUGGCGAGUUUGUCAUUACCUUCCCAAGGGCCUAUCACAGUGGAUUCAACCAGGGCUUCAACUUUGCAGAGGCAGUCAACUUCUGCACAGCAGACUGGAUGCCUCUUGGUCGACAGUGUGUCGAGCACUACCGAUCCCUCAACAGAUACUGUGUUUUCUCCCACGAUGAAAUGACCUGUAACAUUGCCGCCAAGGCAGACAGUCUAGAGUUGGAACUGGCCUCUGCUGUCCAGAAGGACAUGUGUGCCAUGAUUUUGGAGGAGAAGAUGCUCCGUGAGAGAGCCUAUAAGCUGGGCGUGUGGCACUCCCAGCAGGUUGACUAUGAUAUACUGCCAGAUGAGGAAAGGCAGUGUGCUAAGUGCCGGACCACCUGUUACCUGUCUGCCAUCACCUGUCCCUGUAGCCCCGACCAGCUGGUCUGUCUCCACCACAUCCAGGACCUCUGCUCUUGCCCUGCUAGAAGCUACACGCUCAACUAUAAAUACACACUUGCCGAACUGAAGCCAUUGUUCCAGGCUUUGACAGCUCGUGCUGAGUCCUAUGAAGACUGGGCAUCUAAAGUUAACAAGAUUUUGAAAGCAGAUCAAGACAAUAAAAGUGAUUUGGAGGAGCUUCGUUCCUUGGUAGUAGAAGCAGAGAAGAAGAUGUACCCUGACACUGACCUGCUAUGUCACCUGCGUCAAGUGAUCCAGAAUGCAGAUAGGUGCACCUCAAUGGCCCAACAACUCCUCAAUGGCAAGAGACAGACUAGGUAUCGCUCCGGUGGGGGAAAGUCUCAAAAUCAGCUCACGGUGGAGGAACUGAAGUCGUUUGUCAAUCAGUUGUAUGACCUGCCUUGUACCAUCCGACAGGCCCCUUUCUUAAAGGCUCUUUUGAACCGCGUUGAACAGUUCCAGCAGCAGAGCUCGGAUCUCCUUGCAGAGGACAUGCCUGGUUCCUCUGCCCUCCAAGGCCUCCUGGAUGAAGGCGCAGCCUUGGAUGUGGAGUUGCCUCAGCUGGCGGUGUUGAGGCAGAGGCUGGAGCAGGCACGCUGGGUGGAGGCUGUUCAGGAAGCCAGCGAUCAGCCGGCCGACCUCAGUCUAGACUGCAUGAGGAGGCUCAUAGAUCAAGGAGUGGGCCUGGCACCGCACUCCUGUGUGGAAAGAACCAUGGCCCGCCUGCAGGAGCUGCUCACUGUCUGUGAACACUGGGAAGAAAAGGCCCAUAACAUGCUCAUUGCUAGGCCUCGUCAUAGUAUCGAGACUCUUGAGGCAGCUAUACAGGAAGUGGACAGCAUCCCAGCAUACCUGCCCAGCUGUCUUCAGCUCAAAGACUGUGUAAGCAGGGCCAGAGAGUGGAUAAUGGAAGCAGAUGCUCUUCAGGCUGGAGGCCGUAUUCCUGGCCUUGCUGCCCUAUCUGAACUAGUUUCGAAAGCCAGAGGUAUUCCGGUAAUGUUGGAACCACUCACUCGACUGGAAAGCUUAGUAUCUGAGGUACAGACCUGGAAGGAGAGUGCAGCUAAAACAUUCCUGUUGAGGAACUCAACCCAUUCUCUCCUUGAGGUUCUGUGUCCUAGGUGCGAGACUGGACCACAGAAGUCAAAAUCGAAAAAAGUCAAGGAUGUCUCAUUACCUUGCAAGAAAGUUGAUGUAAAACUGGACUGCCUUUUUGAUGUGGAAAAAGCACUUUCUACUAGCAAAGAUACAGCUUCAGCAAUGGCCACUCUCAGUGACGUACAUCAGAAAGAGUUGGAGAGCCUGUCUAUGAUGAGGAUCUCAAAUGAGUCAAAGUUUCAGCCUUCGCCUAGCUGUUUGGCCCCCACAGUGUGCUUGUGUCACACCGUCCCUGCAGGCCCCAUGCUCCAGUGUGAACUUUGUCGAGACGCCUACCACAGCGGCUGUGUGCCGGGGUUUAAGGACAUCCAGACAGGCCUACCCUGGUUAUGCCCACUCUGCAAGCGCUCUGAGAAACCCCCUCUGGAUAAGGUGCUUCCUCUGCUCGCUUCCUUACAGCGGAUUCGGGUUCGGCUUCCGGAGGGCGAUGCCCUGCGAUACGUGAUUGAGAGAACGGUUCGCUGGCAACACAAAGUGCAGCAGGUUUCUCCUCCUACACAUCAUCUGAAUGGCAAAGCAAGGCAUAUUUCUGGAAUAGCAUCAUCUCAGACAAUGGAAAGGAGCAACAGUUCUUUUUACAUGCUGCAGCCCUGCAUUCCUCUCAAUGAACUCAGCGCUGAGUUGGAGGAGCUGUUGGUAGAAGGUCUUCUCCUGCAAGUGACGUUACCGGAGCUCCAACAGCUUUAUAGCAAUCUGCUUAGCAGGUUAUUACCAUCCCAGCACUCCAUGCAGAGCAGUGAACACGAUCACCAGUAUCACAUUGCUCAAGACAGAAGUCCACCUCACAGGAGUCCCCCGCACAGCAAAGCACAGGAUGGAGUUCCAGAGAUCAAGAAGGAACCCGAGAAGGCUGAGAAGAACAGCAAACGACGUCUAGAGAAAGAGAACGUGGAAGGACCGCACAGAGACAAGAUAAAGAAGCCCAGGAAAAAGAAGCCCAAAAUGAACAAAGAAAGGAGAAGAGAGGAGAAACGAACCACCUCCCCUUCCAACUCCCUUUCUGACCCAUCAUAUUCAGACGACUCUGAGGAGGAUUGGUCCGUGUGCUCGGCAAAGCGAUGUCAACAGCCAGAAGGAAACGAGGUAAACUGGGUCCAGUGUGAUGGCAGCUGUAACCAGUGGUUCCACCAGAUUUGUGUGGGAGUGUCUGCUGAGCAGGCUGAGAAUGAGGACUACAUCUGCGUCAGCUGCGCAAUAAACGAUUUGACAGAAUGAGGACCAAAAUCAUGUUUUUUCAAAGGAUAGUCAAAUGGCUCCCCGUUUUGCACAUAAGUUACAGCACCAAGAACGCACCAGAGAUCAUCCUCUUACCGAAUCCCGCUUCCCCUCUGCUCCCUUGGUGCUACUGCCUUCUUGAUAGGACUGUUAACAAAAAUCUGUAUGAUUAUCUGCUUUUUGUUUUGUAUUUUUGAAGAUUUCCUUCUAUAACAUUUUUUUUCUUCUCUAGAGAACGUGAUGCAUAGAUGUACCUCAGGGGUUUCCAUCCCAUAAAUGCAGAACUUCAGCUUCCCCAAAUGUAUUUUUGUUCAUAUUUAUUGUUUUGUUUUCUUUCCCCAGUCACCUUUAGAAUUUCUAACAUGAAUUUAUCAAUCUGGGCUAUUUACACCAAAUAAUAUUAAUUGGACUAAACAAAAUGGUCUAAAAUUAUUUUUGGAACCCGCUGUUUUGGUACAUGUGUCUAAUAAUAUAAAAUAUUAUUUAUUUAUCCCAGCAAUAACUCAGCUGGUUACCCUGAUUUUCAGUAGCUUGAGAUCUGCUCUGAUCUGUUGCUUGAUGCAUUAGAAGUGUUUGUACAGAAUCCUUAAUGUAGGUUGUCAGACAAAAGAGAUGUAGCAGGCAGAAGAAAAAGCUGUGUGAAAUAUACUUUGUGACGUAUACUGUGGCUUUCUUUAAAACUCAAAACAGAUCUUUCCGAUGUUAAUUCAAUUGUGGAAUAAAAUGGUUUGUUCUCACCUAUAAAUACUGACCUAUUUCUGUUA